AUGGAAGAAAAGAAGUUAUUUGAGUUACGGUUAGAGCUAAAAGAUGUAACCGGAGUGCCAAAUGUAAAGCUAGUGCUUUAAGGGUAAGAUUAAGUUAAGCUGUGUCUUUAUAGUACCACUUCCUGAGAAUCAUGCAUUCUACAGCAUGAGCUGUGAGGUGGGCGAUACACGUUUAACUUGAGCUCAGGUUGAAACCUCUACCAUUUCGGUAGAGGCAUUUUUCCUCCAUGGUCUGAAUCCUAUGGAAUUUGCCAUUUCCAACUCAAGCAGCCAGGCUACCCGACCCUGCUUCGCUUAGACUAGACCACUCCUUUUCUUGGGACCCUUUUCAACUGGAAAGACUUUAGCCCUUGAUUCUUGUCUAACCUGCCUUCCUUUUUCCCCUGGCUCAUCACCAAAGGAAAAGAUAAUCCACUUACGCGCUUUUGAGAUCGGCCGCAAAAUAGCCUAGGCAGCAAGACACCCUGCCUCUAUCGAGCGCCCCAAACUGGCCUGGUCUGCUGCAAAAAAGAUCUAAAACCUGUCCCAUAAGUCAGGCCACUAAUCAGCAGAAAAUAGUAGUGAUCUUACGCCAGCGCUUAAAAUAGAAAUAGGAGAUGUCAAAGAACAAAUAGAAGGAAAAGGCGUCAUAACUGUAAAAUUAGAUGAUAUUGCCAUAGAUACCAAACUUUCAUUGAUGUUGCGUCAAGGUGAUAAACUUCUUGGAAAUUCAAACGUCUCUUUAGGAACAUUAUUUGGAAAAGGCUUGCUUGGCACAGUAGAAAAAUGGUUUAGGCUUAAAAAAGAUAAUGAAACAACAAAUUUAAAGCUCAAAAUCGGAGCUGUGCUUGGACGUAACGAUAAGAAGAUCCAAAAAAUGGUCACCCCAGUCAGUUCUCAUUCGAGAAGAUCAAGCAGAAAUUAUAAAGAAGCUAAAUGCCCUUAUCUGGAUAAGCUUUCCCUUAAUAAAGAUGCGAAUAGAGAAAUGCUAGAUGAGAUGUGGAAAAUCAGAAAAAUCGCUGGGGAAACCGACCAAAGUAACUAUAUAAGAAUCACUCUUGAGCCAGAUUCCCCUGCCAAAAUUGAAGCAGGGGAAUCUGAGUUCCAAACCCCAAGAUCAGACCAAAUCACUAUAGAAAAGCUUCAGUCUUGUAAUGGCUCACAACUUAAACAAAUAGUUAAAGCUUUAUGUGAAGAAGCCCGACAUUUGAGCAUUAUUGCGUCUCAACUUCCAGCCAUGCGUGAGAAUUUAACUCAAAAUAUCGAAAAAAGGCGAAAUUUAGAAAUUAGUUCACAGAGUGAAACAGAAGCGACAAAGGAGAAUUGGACGGCAAAAGAACAUGAGCUUCAUAACUUGCAAAAAAAGAAAAAUGAGCUUGUAAGGGCUUUGAUUGAAAAACAAGAAAAUUCAAGAAAGUUAGAAAAUGAGCUGGAUGGGCUCAAAGCACAAUUUGGAGACUUAAAGCGUGAAAAUUUAAGAUUGACCACUGAUAAGCUAUAUAGAGAAGAUGUUAGAAAUGAGCUAGAAGAAUUUGAAAUCCAAGCUAAAGAUACUGAAGACAGAAAAGCUGAAUUAAAAAUAAAAGUUGAUCAAGCUCAUAAAGAGCUGAAUGAAGCCCAUCAGCGAAACAUUAGCCAAAUUGAGCAGCUUAAAGGAGAAAAAAAUAGCAUUAAAUCCAGACUCGACGAAGUUUCAGCUGACUACGAAAAAAUUUCCAAUAAAAAUGCUCAAUUAAAAAACCACUUAAAUUCACUCAAAUCUAAACUAGAAAGCUCUGAAGAGCUUGAUCAAACCAACAAAAACGCUUUAACUUCUUUUCAUUUAGAGUCAGCUAACUCCCCCCCCCCCCCUCCGUGAGCGAACAAAAAAAUUUUGUUCGCUCACGGAGGGGGGUUAAUUUUUUUUUUUUAAAAAAAAUUUAUAUAUAAAUUUUAUAAAAAAUAUUUUUUUCGAAAUUUAAAAAAAAUCCUAAUUUGCAAAAAUUGGGAAGCAAAUAUUAAUUUAAUUUGCAAAAAUUUAUGUUUUAAAACGCAAUUUGUUUAAAAUUAAACAGAAUUAGCUCUAGAUUUCAUUAUACUAAUUAUCACUUAUAUAUCAAAAUUUUUUUCCAUUAAAAUUUUUUUUCUAUUAAAAAAAUUUUUGUUCACUCACGGAGGGUGGGUUUUUUGGUCAAAAAAUGGCGAUUUUUCUAAUGGUUUUGUUCGCUCACGGAGGGGGGGGGGGGGAGUAAGCGUGAUGAAAUCCAAGAAAAGCUUUCAAUUCUAUUCAGCCAGCUUAAAUCUCAAUCAGAAGAUAUAAAAACAAAACAAGAAAGCUUACUUUCAGCAAAGCUCGAGCUUUCUCAGUCACUUUCUAGUAUCGAAUUAAGCAUUGAGGAAAAAGAGCAAGAAAUCAUUGGCCUCAGACGGCAACUUUUCCAAUCUUCUUGCAAAAAAAUCACCCUCGAGCAAAUUUGCUGUGUGCGUGCUGAUUUAUCUCAAAUGAUUGAAGACUUAUCAAGGCUGCAUUCUUUACAUUUGGAAUCCCGUGAUGCAGUUUUACGUGACUUAGAAGCUGGAGCAAGCUAUUUAGUUAAAGAAGGUGAAAAAAUCCAUGGGCAAGCUGAAAAAUUAGAUCAGCUGAUUGAUGCAGUUGAUACAAAGGAUGGCGAGCUUGACAGUCUUAAGGGACAAAUGGGAGAAAUAAAGAAAAGAAACCCACCAUAUGUGCCUGCUAACAACGAUCCAAUUGAUGCCGCUUUAGCUGAAUUUCUUAAUGCUCGACAAGUCCCUGUCCCAAUACAGUUCACGAGGCAGGAAUUAGGAACUUAUAUGUUUGGUACGAGGAAGAUUAGUAUGAAAAUAGAAAAUAAUAGACUCAUUGUAAGAAUUGGAGGAGGAUUCACUGGAAUUGAAGAGUUUGUUGAUAUUUAUACACCAAUUGAGUUGGAAAGACAAGAUGUAGUUGCACAGAAGAGUGCAUUGAUGACGCUAGGAAAAAUAGGAGUUCAAAAAUCCCAAGAUUCGUCACCAAAACAAGCUAAAGUGAUGAUGGGAGUUUUUGAAAAUUUAGCAAAAUCGCCGACUAGGAAGAAAUAG